CUCACACACUCACUCACUCACUCUCUCUCCCACUCGCUCUCUCUCCCGCGGUGAGAUGAUGACCGCGGCUGGGGCCAGCUACCCCAUGGCCUCUCUGUACGUGGGGGACCUUCACUCUGACGUGACGGAGGCGCUGCUGUAUGAGAAGUUCAGCCCGGCCGGGCCGGUGCUGUCCAUCAGGGUUUGUCGGGACAUGAUCACCCGGCGGUCACUGGGCUACGCUUACGUCAACUUCCAGCAGCCCCCUGACGCUGAACGAGCGUUGGAUACCAUGAACUUUGACGUCAUCAAGGGCAAGCCGAUUCGCAUCAUGUGGUCACAGCGUGACCCUUCAUUGAGGAAAUCCGGGGUGGGGAACGUGUUCAUCAAGAACCUGGACAAAUCCAUCGACAACAAGGCUUUGUACGACACCUUCUCGGCAUUUGGAAAUAUCUUGUCUUGUAAGGUGGUGUGCGAUGAAAAUGGCUCCAAAGGAUACGCCUUUGUUCACUUUGAGACCCAGGACGCAGCAGACAGAGCCAUUGAGAAAAUGAACGGCAUGUUGCUGAACGAUCGCAAAGUAUUUGUUGGCCGUUUUAAGUCCCGUAAAGAAAGGGAGGCCGAACUGGGAGCAAAGGCCAAAGAGUUCACCAAUGUUUACAUCAAAAACUUUGGCGAGGACAUGGAUGAUGAUCGGCUCAAAGAAAUGUUUGAUAAAUUUGGCAAAACCUUAAGUAUCAAAGUAAUGACCGAUCUAAACGGAAAGUGCAAAGGCUUUGGCUUUGUUAGCUAUGACAGGCACGAAGAUGCUUCCAAGGCUGUGGAAGAAAUGAACGGGAAGGAGCUGAACGGGAAGUUGCUGUUUGUCGGCCGGGCUCAGAAAAAAGUGGAGCGCCAGGCUGAGCUGAAACGGAAGUUUGAGCAGUUAAAACAGGAGCGGAUCAGCAGGUACCAGGGAGUGAACCUUUACAUCAAAAACUUAGACGACACAAUCGAUGAUGAAAAGCUAAGGAAAGAGUUUGCGCCGUUCGGCUCAAUCACCAGCGCCAAGAUCAUGUUGGAGGAUGGCCGCAGCAAAGGUUUCGGGUUCGUCUGUUUCUCGUCUCCCGAAGAAGCCACGAAGGCCGUGACGGAGAUGAACGGGCGGAUUGUCGGCUCCAAGCCCCUGUACGUGGCCCUGGCCCAGAGGAAGGAAGAACGUAAAGCGCACUUGACCAAUCAGUACAUGCAGAGGAUCACGGGGAUGCGGGCAAUGCCGGCCAACACCAUCAUCAACCAGUUCCAGCCGGCGGCCGGUGGCUACUUCAUGCCAGCUGUCCCUCAGGCACAAAGCAGAGCCACCUAUUACGCUCCAAAUCAGAUGGCGCAAAUGAGACCCAAUCCACGUUGGCAACAGCAACAAACCAGACCUCAAGGGUUCCAAGCUGUGCCCAACGCCCUGCGGCAGGGUGGCCCCCGGCCAUCUCUGCGCCACCUCUCGCCAGCGGGAACCACUCCGGGGCCUCGGGGAAUGCCAAACGCACAGAGGAUGGGAGUGACCACGGUUCAGAACAUGGCUCAUCGCCCUGGGAUUGCGGGUCCUCCACCACGGGCUGUGACACCGUACAAAUACGCCACGACAGUCCGCAACCCGCAUCAGCCCCUCGUGCAAUCCCAACUCGGGGGGCAGCAGGCCCCUCAGCCGGCUGUGCUGGUACAUGGUCAGGAGCCAUUGACGACCUCCAUGCUUGCUGCAGCCCCACCUCAGGAGCAGAAACAGAUGCUGGGUGAGCGCUUGUUCCCGUUGAUACAGAAUAUGCAUCCUUCCCUCGCGGGGAAGAUCACCGGAAUGCUUCUGGAGAUAGACAACUCCGAGCUGCUGCACAUGUUAGAGUCUCCGGAAUCGCUUCGAUCCAAGGUUGAGGAAGCUGUGGCUGUGCUACAAGCUCACCAGGCCAAGAAAGAGGCUACUCAGAAAGUCGCUGUGGUUGUUGCUGCAUCUUAAACGUCACCUGGAGAUCGUACCCGGAUUCAAGAAAAGCUGAACGAUUCUACACCUUUGGAUCCAGGUUUAUUCAGACUGGAUGGAGCUUGGAUUGUUCUUGCCUUUGGGGAGGAGGGGGAAAAAAAAACAAAAAAAAAAACAGAAAAAUUCAAAAUAAUCAGACUGAAACAUUUUAAGACUUUGAAAGAUAUAUUUGAUAUAUUUUGAUAAAGUAUAUUGUUAUCAAGCAGGACAGACACUACACUGAUUUACAACUUGCUUUGUUUGGAGAAUAGAUAUCUGUGGCCAGGAUAGAUUAUUUAUUUUUCCGUUGUUUAAGAGAAGAGGAAAGAAAUAGCGAAUGGUGUGGGGUUGGAGCUGGAUUUUUGCUUUGUUUUUUUCCAGUUGGGUUUUAGCGCCGAGAUGUGUUUUUGCUUUUUAAAAACUCCGGUUUGCGUAAAUCUGGUUGUGGGAGGACAAACAAUAAAAACUGCUGUUUCACUAAA